AAUUAUGCGAUGCAUUGGUUGAUCCUUGACAUGUUUUGCGCCAUACCGUUCGACUACAUUCUGCACAUCGAAGAUCCUGUUGAACAAGAACAGCGCCGUCGAACAUGGUUCGCGAAAGUAACCAGAAGGACGCAUGCGCUGCAUAUACUAAGAGCUGCGAGUGACACGAGGCCAUUCCGGGGAGCGAGGUGGCUCGGCAAGAUCAUGGGCCAUGCCAGACGAGUCGCCCGAGCAUGCGGUGGCUACUCGAUGCUGUGGAGGAGCAUCAGGCAGAUCCUUAUCUUCGUCAGACCCCGCGAUAUUAUGAAGGCCUGGCACUUUCUGAGGGUGGUUGGGAUCAUCAAGGCUCUUGCUCUCUCUCCCGUCAUCUUCCGAAGCAUCUUCGGGUCAUUCACAAUCUUGAGAGUUAUGAUCUCAUGGUUGAACAAGGGAUGGGGAGGAGCUUUCAAUUUCAUUCUGCGUCGCAAGGCUCCGCUGAGGGACAGAGAGGUCAAAGUUGAUGCAGUGAGGAGUUUGAGAAAGCAGGCAAAGCUGAAGUUGUAAUUAUUGUUUCCAUUGUACAUAUUGUGAAUACACAUGUUAUGUUUGCUG